AUGCCUGUUGCCAAAUACAAGGUUGCCGAUGCGUUCACCUUCUUAAACUACGACAAUCCAGACCAUAGCGCCUCGCACCGAAGAGUGGUCAAAUCACACAUCUCCAGCAAAUACCGGGCAGCCAUCCGCCAGCAGACCCAGCCUGGCUACGCAUUACCGCAUCAAACUGCCAAUAACAAAGUCAAAGACUCAGUGCCCAAGCGAAGGUGCAAGAGGACACACACCUCACUUGAGUCAGACCCAGCGCAAGAUCGCCGAUGGUCCUGCGCGCCCUCUCCGCUCCAAGUCAGCUUCAGCGGUACACGGACGGAUCCAUUCAGACUCUUGCCCGGACAAGAAACACCAUGUGUCGCCAGGGCCCUGGAUUAUUACACGCAGGCUAUUUCGCCCUCCAUGCAGCCAUUGUUUCUGGCGGUCAACAUGGGCAAUCCAUUGACGGUUUGGAUUUAUCCUUUAAUCCUGUCACAUGAAAGUGCUUAUCAUGGAGCGGUCGCGCUGUCUCAGGCGUAUUUGGAAAUGUGUCAAGCACCAACGCGCAAACCAUCUUUGGAGGUUACUUUCCAUCGGCGCAAAGCUGUGUCCAUCUUGUGUAGCCAGCUUUCUCAUCUCCGUGGCCCCCCGGACGACGGCAUCCUGAUGACUGUGCUGGCUUUGGCAUGCCUUGACGUUUUAUACAGAGAGGACAGAAUCGCCAAUCGCAAGGGUCUAGCACUCAUCGUUGCGCUCAAGGGGGGACUUGACAAUCUUGGAUUGCGUGGACUCGUCAAGGCUUUUCUUGUUCAGUUUGACUACUUCUGGAUGCUCGAGACCGGGGCCGGGACCAUUUUCCCUUUCACAAAGCGCAAAGGCCGGAGAGCAUAUCCGCAACAUCCGCUCAACGACGAUUUUCUUCCGUUGAUUACGACGCUACCACCAGGGUUUGCUGCAAUUGCUCGUCAGGGCACCUUGGGCUUCGACACUAUCCGGAUCCUCUCACGAGUAAGCACGUUUCUUCAAUCUAAAAUCGUCUACCCCCCACGUCCGAUCGAGGAACAUCCAGUUUCAGAUGACCAAGAUUACCCGGACCUCUUCGAAGUAUGUGCCUGUCUCCAGUCGUCCGCUUGCACUGAGCAUAGCUUGGAGAAGAACUUAAUCCUCGCGGUGAUUAUGUUCGGCUUCGAUAUGAAUAAUCCCAAUGGCUCAAUAUCGAGAGUUGCAGCAUAUAGAGGCUCAAGGCAGGAAUUGAUCCGGUCCCUUCCCUCUACCCGCACGCAGAAUCCGGAAGAGAGAGCUUGCUUGAUUUGGAUCAUGAUGAUUGUGAUAAGAUCUUUGGGCUUGGAGCUUCCGCUUGCUACUCAAGCAAUAGCUCUUGGUAAAAGGUUCUUCGCGCAGUUCGCCGAGGUUAGAUCGUGGGACGCAGUGGAGUCAGCAAUGCGUCGCUUCCUCUGGUACGAGCCACUCGCGGGAGGAUUGAGGAACAGCUGGCGACAAGCGUUAGACGAAUAUCAAAGAGAAUUUCCAUCCACCUGGACUUCGGUGGUGGCCAUGACAGACUCGACGGGCGCCAUUGGAAGCCAACAACUCAGUCACAUCAGCGCAUCGAACCGGGAGAAGGGCGACGGAUAUGUACAGGAAGCUUUUCAGGAACGCGAAGUUGCCACGCUGCCGCCCAUGUUGACAUUAGAUACAUACUUGACAGAGGUACAGUCACUGUAA